AGCUGAUUUACUUAUUGUAUGAGGGCUAUUGUAAUUGUCCGCCAGUGAUCAACAAUAUGUGAGUUGUUGGUUUGUCAUAUGGGGCCACUGCUAUUGACACUGCAGUGCCACUGUGGUUCACCUCAUGAUCAUAGUAUCCUUUUCCAUCUCCAAGGUACUUAAUUUUGCUUACCCUCCAGCAUUUUCCAUUCAUGCACAUGUGCCUAAAUUGCAACCGUCGGUCAGUUUUCUUCACUUUUCAUCAAUUUCCACCCUCGUCAGGUACUAACCUCAGUCAGGACUCGUGAUACAAGCAAGCUUUGGCAGUCGCCAGGAACAUCAAGAUGGCAGAGGCUAUUAUCGCCCAUCAAAUUACAGAAAUGAUCGCCGAACUCGGCAGCCUUCGAAAAAGCGACGCGGCACAAAAGACCGAGAUCGAAAAUCUCCGAGCCCAGAACGACUUCCACGCCAACGAGGCUCAGAUGCUCCGAGACCUUCGCCUUCUCUACGAAGCCAAGCUCGAACAGAAAGACUCUAAAAUUUUGGGUCUGCAUGUCCUCCUCGACAAGGUGAAGGUCGAGGCGGGUAUUUAUAGGGACGAUCUGAGCGAGCUGCGUAAGCAGCUCAAAGACCUACAAGCAAAACAUGAGUCAACCCAGAAACAAAUUUGCGCUACUGAGGCAAAGCUUUCCCGUCGCAAUUUCCAAGUUGCUAAGCUGGUUUCCGCCCUGGGUCGCAAAGUUGCUGCCAAUCGUAUUUCCCUCGUUGCUCUUCGCGCUGCGUACAAGAUUAUUCCAAGCUUGGAGCACCAAGUUCAGUAUGAGAAGGUCCUUUCUAUGGCGAAGAAGCUUCCGCACAAGACUGGAAUUGAGAGGGAGAUGAAGGAGUGUCUGAGGGAGGCUGGGUUCUCGAUAUCGUUUGAUAAGAAGGGUUUCAUAGUGUUGAGCCAGUCUGUGGAUGUUGCCAAAGUACCUGUUGACGGUUCUAAAGAGCUUGAUGAAAGCAUCAUCAUCGUCGACAAAGAUGCUGACAAGAUUGACGACAAAGUUUCCGAACAGGAUGCUCAACAGAGUGUCAAGAAGGAUGAAGACGUCCAGAUGUCUGUUUAG